CUGGAACCGUUCAAUUGGCUGCUCAAAAACCCUAAACAAAACGUCAAACGUGGCCCUGACUCACCACUUUCGUCUUCCACCUCCACAGACUCUCAUUGUCACUCUGUUCCAAACCACAAACGGAGGAGAGGAAAGGAAGGGCCGAAAAUUUCACGAGAGCCUCUCUCUUUCUGCAGCUCUGUUCUCCCAAAGCUUUACACGCACACAAAAAAAAUGGCGACGACCCACUUCAUCAUCCCGACCAGGGACGUUCUCCAGGCCGCAGGGGACAUCAAAUCGUACGACAACUGGCUCGCCUGCCUGAAAACCUACCUCGUAUCCCAAGAUCUCUGGGAUUUAGUCGACUCCCCUGAAAUUACUACUUCCCCUGCCACUGUUACAACCGACGCCGCCGCCGGGCGGCGGAGGAAGAAUGCGGCGGCUCUGCACGCGAUUCAGAUUUCGCUGGGCUGCGACGUGCUCCACGAGAUACGGGAAAUCAGCUCGGCGAAGGAGGCUUGGGACGCUCUAGCGGAUAUGCAUCGGAAGAAGCUACUACUACCCAAGAACGACCCUGAAGCUGGACCUGGAGCAGAGCAGCUGCAGCAGGCCGACGCUGCAGUAAUACACAUCAUUGGACUCCAAGACCCUUCCCCGCCACCGUCACCGGCCGACAGCUUCGCGAUGACGAUGAGCCCUUCCUCCUCCUCCUCCGACGCCGGCCACGGCGGCGACAUCAUCAACAACAACAACAACGGCGUCAUCACCAACAUAGCCACAUGCGACCUCCACAAGCUCACCAGCACAAAGAACAAGGAAUCCUUCGGCCACCGCUCCUCCGCCGACGACGCGGCCGCCGGAGAGAAAUGGAUGAAGGAAACCGCCACCUCCUCCACCGUCGUCGGCUCCCUAAUCAUCACCAUCAUGUUCACCGCCGCCUGCACCGUCCCCGGCGGCAACAACCAGGAGAAGGGCACCCCGAUCCUCCUCCACGACCGGUCCUUCAAGAUCUUCAUCGCCUCCGACGCGCUCUCGCUCUUCGCCGCCUCGACCUCCGUGCUGAUGUUCCUCGGGAUCCUCACCUCGCGGUACGCCGAGGCCGACUUCCGCCGCUCCCUGCCGACGAAGCUCGUUAUCGGGCUGUCGACGCUGUUCGUGUCGAUCGCCGCCAUGAUGGUGACGUUCUGCGCCACCGUGAUGAUCCUCAUGGACCACCGGCCGCUGUUCGUGGUCCCGAUUGUGAUGAUGGCCGCCGUGCCGGUGACGCUGUUUUUGCUGCUGCAGUUUCCCUUGCUGGUCCAGAUCUUCAGGUCGAACCGGUCCGGGCCGCAUUCCAACCCGUUCGACCGGAAGAUGAAGCCCUGGCUUUUGAGUCUUUGACCCGUGGAAACUGGGUCGGGUUUCAAGCGGUUUGUCUUUUUUUAUUAUUUUUUUUGUCAUUGUUUGCUGAUUUGUUUUUGAAUAUAUACUCUGUAAAUAUAAGACUGUGCGUAACGUCGUUGUUACCGGACUUUGUAACGUUAACGUCGUG